UGGCGGAAGAUUCUCUCGGAGACGGCGUCGUCUUGAUGGGUCCUCUAAGGACAUGCCUCCUUCAAAAUCUAUACCGCCCCCCUCGAAUACCUCCCAAUUCUGAGCGCAUCUAGCGGUGAUAGUCUCAAACUCUCAGUCUCAACGUAGAACAUAAAAUGGCGAAAGCUAAGCCAUCGUCACGUAACUGUGUAGUUUUCAAUUGCAUUAAUAGGUAUUCAGGAAAUGACGAAAAUAGAGAGAGUUAUACAUUAUUUCGAGUGCCAAGCAAUAGUUUUAAUACAUGGCAAGAGCUAAUGCCAAACGUUAAAUUACAGAAAACGUCGAGGCUGUGCAAUCGCCAUUUUGACGAUUCUGACAUUGUCAAAGGGUACGAUAUUCUAGGUUUGUUUCAUCCUUUCACCCACUGGAGAUUACGUGCAGGUUCAAAUCCUAAGUAUCAUCUCGUUGGCAUUGAACAACCAAAAGUAAGGAAAAAAGCUUUGCAAGAUGUGACUUAUGCUACCAAUCUACCGGCUUCCACACUACACAUAUUGGCAAAUGUUCCUAUAACUGUCAACCAGCACCCUCUGAAAAGGUCUCGUGUUAGUAAAUUACUCACUAUUGAGAGGAGUAAAGUGCUACAGCUUGUGGACCUGUAUGGUGUAGCUGUCAAUGAACACGGUGUUUCUCAGCCAGUCACAGUCAUUCCUACUCACCAACUUCCCACAGUCGCUUCUUCUCUUCCACCACAGUUGCUUCGUACUGCUUCCACAUCUUUUGAUUUAUUGGUCGAGUACAUUGAGCCAGUAACACCCAAGAAGACGGUGAUAUCUCAUUUUGAUAAGCAAGCUGCCGAACAGUCCCAGAACGAAGGUGUUGAUCAGAUGCCGAAUGUCCUGCAACCGAUGGCUCAAGUUGCACAGGAACUGGAAAGACUGAAUAACCUCCUCUUGUCCAAGCAAAAAGCUAAAGUAAAAGCUAAAUUUAAGGAAGGAAAGCUCGCUUAAUGUAUUGCAUUUCAAAAUGUUAUGUAAUCGAUGUGGACACCAUAAUAAAAUCAGUCGGUUGCUUUCAAUUCAA